AUGGCCGCUACAGCAAUGCAGACCGCUCAGCCCAAUGGCGCGGCACCACAUCCCCUCACAAAGAACGCCAAGCGGCGUCAGAAGAAGAAGCAGCAACAGCAGCAACAACAGCAGAACGGUGCCCCGGCAUCCGCAGCGUCAGCAUCCGAUGCACCCGCCACACCCUCGGCCUCGACCUCGACGUCAACCUCGGAUCCCACAGCCAGCACAUCCACCUCCGCGCGGACGUCGCGUCCCAGCCUGAUCGACGACAGUGUCCUCGAGCUCGAUCCGGAAUCGGACGCCUACAAGGCCUUCAGCCACGUCUUCUCCCGCUUCCAGCAGCCUGCCGAUGGCGGCGACGGCGCUGGCGAUGGGGCCGACGGCUUCGCGGGACCGCAAAAGGGCGAAGUCAUCUAUUCGGACGAAGAGGUGGCUUCGGACAGCGAGGCGUCCGAUGGCGAGGGCAACAGCCGCCCCAAGCUGUCGCAGCGCAAGCAGCGCAAGCUGCAGCGCCUCACCGUGGCCGAGCUCAAGCAGCUCGUGCGCAAGCCCGAAGUCGUCGAGUGGACCGACGUGACGGCAAACGACCCGCGCCUCCUGGUCCAGCUCAAGUCGCAGCGAAAUACGGUGCCCGUCCCGCCCCACUGGAGCCAGAAGCGCGACUAUCUCCAGAACAAGCGCGGCAUCGAAAAGCCGCCCUACCAGCUGCCCCACUACAUCGCCGACACGGGCAUCGCCACCAUGAAGGACGCCCUCAAGGAAAAGGAGGCCGAGCAGACGCUCAAGCAAAAGACGCGCGAGCGCGUCCAGCCAAAGAUGGGCAAGAUGGACAUCGACUACCAGAAGCUCCACGACGCCUUCUUCAAGUUCCAGAGCAAGCCCGACCUCUCGCCGUACGGCGAAACCUACUACGAGGGCAAGGAAAACGAGUGCAAGUUUAAGGACCGCCGGCCGGGCGACCUCAGCGACGAGCUCAAAGAGGCGCUCAGCAUCCCGCCACUCGCGCCGCCCCCCUGGCUCAUUGCCAUGCAGCGAUACGGCCCGCCGCCAAGCUAUCCGCACCUCAAGGUGCCAGGCCUGAACGCGCCCAUCCCCGAGGGCGCCCAGUGGGGCUUUCACCCCGGCGGCUGGGGCCGUCCGCCAGUCGACGAGUACGGCCGCCCGCUGUACGGCGACGUGCUCGGCGCCGGUAACGAGGCCGACGGCAACGAGUACGCGGACCCGGUGCAAAAGGAGCCAUGGGGCGAGCUCGAACCAGAAGAGACCGACGAUGAAGAGGAAGAGGACGAGGACGAGGACGAAGGCGGCGACGACGAGGGCGAAGAGGGCGAGGAAGGGCAGCAGACGGGCGACGCGGAUCGUGCGGGCGGUCUCGAGACGCCGAGCGGGACUGCCUCGGUGGCGUCGACGUUCCGCGGCAUGGAGACGCCGUCGACGUUCGAGCUGCGCAAAGACUCGCGCAAUGGCAGCGACUCGACGGUGCCGUCGUCUUCGGCCGCCGCAGCAUCAGCUGGGCCAGACGCGCCACCGCGGGCGCUGUACCAGGUGCUGCCCGAACGCUCGACGUCGAUCACGGGCUUCAUGGGCUCGGAGCGGAUCUACGAUCUGGGGCCCGCGCUGGGGACCGAGGAGCGCGGCACGAAGCGCAAGGCGGGCGGCGCCGCGUCGGGUGCGGACCAGAUCGAGCUCGCCGUCGACCCGGCGGAACUCGAGGGCCUGACGCCCGAAGAGGUGCAGGCCAAGCUGUCGCGGCUGCAGCGCGAAGAGGAGCAGAGGCGCAGCAGCAGCCGGUUCGCCAGCGUCGAGGGCAAGGAUCGCGAGGGAGUGGCGCAGGUCAGGGAGGAGCUGAGUCGGCAGAGACACCAGAAGGCCCAGAGGCGAGACGAGAGGGAGCGCGAGGAGAAGAAGGAGAGGUACCAGUUCUGA